CUGCGUCCGGCGCAAACGGGCGCGGAAGAACGAUCCGCACGGAAUCGGGCUUCGCCGGCGGCGGGGGAUCCGCAGGCGGAGGAGUUUCUGAACCACCUCCGGGUGGAGCGCCGGCUUUCGGAAAACACGCUCGACGCUUACCGCCGCGAUCUCGGGAAGCUGAACGAGUUCGGCGCCGGCCGGGCGCUUGCCGAAUUCGACACCAGGGACCUGCAACGCUUUCUCACCCAUCUGCACCGCCGCGGCCUCUCCUUCCGGUCAAUACAGCGGAUCACCUCCGCGAUCCGCGGCGCGUACGGGUUCCUGAUGGCCGGCGGAGCCAUCGAGAAGGAUCCCACCGAGGGAAUUACCGUGGCGCGGGCUCUUCCGGGGCUCCCCCGCUAUCUGUCACCCGACGAAGUGGAGCGACUGCUCGCUGCGCCCGAUGACUCCCCGCUGGGGUCUGCGCGACCGGGCAUGCUCGAGAUGCUCUACGCGACCGGUCUUCGGGUGUCGGAACUCGGGCCGGGCUACGUCACGGUGAUCGGCAAAGGGGACAAGGCGCGCAUCGUUCCCUACGGAGACGUCGCCGCCGCGAGCCUGGAAUCGUGGAUACGGGAGGGGCGGCCCCGCGUGCUGGGGAAGCGGGGUCGGGAGACCGGGUCGCCCUGGCUCUUCGUGACGGCCCGCGGCGGGCCGAUGACCCGUCAGCGGUUCUGGCAGAUCGUCAGGACUCGCGGCGAACAGGCGGGGAUCCCGCGCCGCUUCUCACCUCACGUGCUGCGCCACUCGUUUGCGACGCAUCUGCUCGAGCGCGGGGCCGACCUGCGGAGCCUGCAACAGAUGCUUGGCCACGCCUCGAUCACCACCACCCAGAUCUACACCCACGUCACCGAGGAGCGCCUGCGGCGGGUGUACGACGAGCACCAUCCGCGCGCCCGGCGCGGCGAUUCCUAG